AUGUUUGGUCGGGGGGCUGGGAGGGUACUACUGGCUGCUAGGACAGCGGCACCAACAAACAAUACACCAUUAUUCCUCCAGCAUGCGGGUUUCCGUCAAACAACCGGCUCGCCGUCGGCGUCCGCCCCCUUCUCCACGACGACGCACUUUCGAUCAAGAACCCAUCUUCAACGGGCCGCCCUCGAGUUUCACUCCCCGCCAGUCGCCUCCCAACAAUCACCCAGGGCCGAACAAGCUUCGGCAAUGCAGAAAAACGCUCUGGAACUUGCCACAAGACUGAUGGAGGGGAUCUUGCCGGGGACCUUUGUGCUUCCUCCGUUCUCCCAGUUCCCAAAGGGCAUCAUGCCCAAACUCCGACUCCUAGGCUACUGGGCUCUCUCCAAAGGCCAAGAAACAACUACCAACCUCGGCCUAAAAUACAUCUCCAAACCCAGCCUCUUAACCCGAGCCAAAUACCGGCCCAAACGCUCGGAAAUCAUCCCCACCGUCAAAGCCCUCCACCGCGCCAUGGCCCAGGCCUUCGCCACCGGCGACCGCCACACUAUCAACAAGAUCUGCUCCCGCCGUCUCGCCAGCUCGCUACUCCCCAGCAUCGACGCCCGGCCCCGCGGCCAACGCCACAGCUGGGAACUGGUCCGGUACACCGACGCGCUCAUGUACCCGACCCUGCGGUCGCACCGCAUGAUGCCGCUGGACAAGGACAAGAACGCGCCGUUUGUGCGCCAGGUCGUGGUCGCCAUCUCGAGCAAGCAGCGGAAGGUGUCGUUUGAUCCCAGCGGCCGGGCGAUUCCGGGGAGCGAGAAGGAGAUUGAUGUGGUGGAGAACGUGGUCAUGUCGUGUAUUGUGCAGCCGCUGCUGGGAUGGAGGCAGAGCGAGUGGCGUAUGGUUGGGGUUGUGAAGCCGACUACGGUCGAGGCUUGGGCGGAGGAGCAGGAGUUGCUCAAGCAGCAGCUUUAA